UGUGACCUUUAAGGAUAUGGCUGUCUACUUCUCGAAGGAGGAAUGGACACUGCUGGAUGCCUCUCAGAGACUGCUGUACCGCAGUGUGAUGCUGGAGAUCUUCUCACUCAUGGCCUCUGUGGGACUUGUACCUUCUGGAACCCAAGAAAUCAGUCAUCUGGAGCUGUGGGGAGAGCCCUUCAUCCAGGCACUGGGAAUCAUGACUCCAGCUAUGUGGACAGGUUGUUGGAAUGGAGUGGAGGCUGAAAAUGCACCUGCUGUGCAGAGUAUUUCUACAGAUGAAGGACUCGGUGCAGCCAUUCCCCAGCAGCAAAAGCCGAGACGUGGUGAGAAGCCCUUACAAAUAGAAGAGGCCAGGAUCUCUGUAAAGAAGAAUGGCACAAAACACCAGUUGAAGAAUUUACAAAGCAGGAAUAAUGGGAUGGACGUGCAGCCCAGCCCAGGUCUUAGGCAUGAGCUGACUCAUGGAGUCGGGAAGUCAUCCAGGAACUCUAACAGUGGAGAGGCCUGUCCCAGUGGGAACAGCAACUACCAAUGCAGUGAUGGUGGGAAAACCUUUAGUCAGAAUUCUGUACUUACUCAGCACCAGACACUACACCCGGGAGAAAAGCCUUAUGAAUGCAGUGAAUGUAGGAAACGAUUUAAACAUAAAUCUAACCUUCUGGCGCACCAAACAAUUCACAAGCCUUACAUGUAUACCAAAAUUCAGAAAUCCUUUGGUUGCAAUAGUGACCUCAUUCAACACCGCAGUGUCCACACUGAAGAAAAGCCUUUUAGAUGCAGUGAAUGUGGACAGGGUUUCAAGUAUCACUGCAAACUCCUUCAACAUCACAGAAGCCACACUGGAGAAAGGCGUUAUAAAUGUGAAAAAUGUGGGAAAUCCUUUAUCCGAAAUUCUCAUCUCAAGGAACACUUAGUUUGUCACACUGCUGAAAAGCCUUUUAAGUGCCCUGAAUGUGGGGAAUCAUUUAGGUACAGAUCCACCCUUAAACGUCAUCAUAUCCGUGUUCACACCGGGGAAAAGCCCUAUGAGUGCAGUGAGUGUGGGAAAGCAUUUAGGGGAAACGUGGCCUUCGAAGUCAUAGGUGAAUUCAUACUGGGGAAAAGCCUUUUGAGUGCAGUGAACGCAGGAAGUCUUUUACCAAAUAACUCUUCCCUUACAAAACACACAAUGUUCAUAGCAGAGGACAGCAAUGAGUGUGGGAGUCUUUCCUGAACAUCCAGCCUCAUU